UUUCUCCCACGCACACACUCAAACGAGCCUGAAAGCUAAGGGCAGGGAGAGACCCGCGACGAGCAAAAAUGGAGGGGAAGGAGCAAGACGUCUCGCUGGGAGCUAACAAGUUCUCGGAGAGGCAGCCCAUCGGGACGGCAGCUCAGAUUCAAGACGGAGGCAAGGACUACCAGGAGCCACCGCCGGCGCCUCUGUUCGAGCCCUCCGAGCUCACGUCGUGGUCCUUCUACAGAGCAGGCAUAGCCGAGUUUGUGGCCACUUUUCUCUUCCUCUACAUCACCGUCUUGACCGUUAUGGGCGUGAAGAACUCCAAGUCCAUGUGCUCCACUGUCGGCAUUCAGGGGAUCGCGUGGGCCUUCGGCGGCAUGAUCUUCGCCCUCGUCUACUGCACCGCCGGCAUCUCAGGCGGUCAUAUUAACCCGGCGGUGACGUUCGGGCUCCUCCUGGCCAGGAAACUGUCGUUGACGAGAGCACUGUUCUACAUGGUGAUGCAGUGUCUGGGCGCCAUAUGCGGGGCCGGUGUGGUUAAGGGUUUCGAGGGCAGCGCCAGAUACACCCUCAAUGGAGGUGGUGCCAAUGGCGUGAACCCUGGCUACACCAAAGGAGAUGGCCUCGGCGCUGAGAUCGUCGGCACCUUCGUUCUCGUUUACACCGUCUUCUCCGCCACUGACGCCAAACGCAACGCCCGAGAUUCCCACGUCCCUCUUUUGGCACCCUUGCCAAUUGGGUUUGCUGUGUUCUUGGUGCACCUGGCCACCAUCCCAGUCACCGGCACCGGCAUCAACCCAGCUCGUAGUCUGGGCGCUGCCAUCGUCUUCAACAGCGACAAAGGCUGGGACGAUCAUUGGGUUUUCUGGGUGGGACCAUUCGUGGGAGCAGCUCUUGCGGCUUUGUACCACCAGGUGGUGAUCAGAGCCAUUCCCUUCAGCUCCACUUAAUGGGUGAUUGAAGCUCAUCAUGUCAUCCCUUCAAGCCUGCUGGUUUCUCUUUCUAUUUUUAAUUUGAGUCUCUUUUUGCUUUUUCCGCAUGAUGGAUCUUCUCAGUGUCUUUUGCGCGUGUAAAGAAUGGAAUUUGUUUCUUUUUGGGGUGGCGGUGAUUGAAAACGGAGCCCGGUCGGGCAUGGGAAAGGAUGGGCCAAUAUAAUUUCCUCUACUUUUGAGUUGGAAGAGGGCCCAUCUCUCAUGUGGUGGUCCUUUGAUGUAUGGAUCGGGUAUCUGUCAAAUUAAGAAAAAAUUAAAAAAUAAAAACUGAACAAGUUGUG